GGCCCGGCGGGGACGCGGCCGGGCCCGGGGGGGGCGGAGCCCGCGGGAGCUCGGGGAGGAGGGCCGCGCAGGGGUAGGUGGUGCCCGAACCCGGAGGAGGGGGGUGUGUCCGUAUUGGAAGAUGCGGGGACACUGGGCUUCGCGCUUCGUCGGCGUUACCGCCGAGUCUUCAUCCGGAAACCGUAACAGCGGAGGACACUGAAACCUCUGGCUCUGCCCGAGGCAGGCACACAUUCCCCCACUGGCACAGAUCCCGCCAGGAAGCUGGACACAGGCCCUUCGUGCUGCCUGGGAGCAGGUGUUGAGCACCCAGACAGCCGCAGGGCUGGGCCGGCAAGCCGAACAAGUUAGGUGGCUGAGGGACCCUGAGAAACAGGACAGUGCAGACUGUCCAACGGGAGCUGCUGUCCCCACUCCAGCCAGUCGUUUCCAAGCAGCAAAGUUCCCAGUGUGUCCAGAUCUUGCCAUUUGCCAAGGACAUCAGUCAGAUGGACAUCAUUUCAAGAUGCUUCUGAAAUCCCCCAAUCUCUAAGUAUAGGAUCCUGCUCUGCCCCUCAGCUCCGCAUUUGAUGGCUGGGUCCUCAGCAUCUUGUUUUCCUCAGACUCUUGGGAUUCCUGUCACCAUCGUAUGAGUUCUUCCCCCAUCACCAUCCUGCAAUCCGGAGUUGUUCUAAGGAAUCUGGGUGUAGACACCUGUCCCUUAAGGAAUUCUCUGACCUCGGUGGAGUGUGGACUCUGGGGUAUUUCUUUUCGGUAAUACUGUCCUGACAAAUCUCUACAUACGUGUAAUAUUCCCAUUUCUGGAAACACCAUGCUGCCUCAAUUCACAGGCAUCCAGCCUGGCCCCGAAAGUGUCUCCCAGCCUUGGGAGUACCCAGGCUCACUUGGACUCUGCUUUGUUCCAGAAAUAUGGGGGUCUCAGGCCAGGCAACAUCAAGACAGCCCAGGCCUACAGACUUCCCGGGGGGGCAGGGCUUUUUUUCCUCACCCAUGAGGCUGGACUCCUGUGGUUGGAUAGGAGACCUUCUCUUUAUUUCUGUUAUCUUUCAUAUAAUAUCCACAUGACUCACGUUCCAAGUUCAUUCACACUGGCCUUCAUCCCCGGUGCCCUCUGCUGUCUCUCCCCCAGUCCCGCUGCGGCUGCUGGGGACGGUCCCUGUGGCUGCAGCUGGCGUCAUUUCAAGAGGUGGUGACCUUUGGAGGAUAUGACCCAAGAUUAGAGGUGUCUGGAAGCCUCUGGGAAGGACCGCUGAAAGGUGCAGGGACGCGAUGCUGGACAGUUCCGAGAAUGUGGUCCCUCAGGGAUCCUUCUUACAGCUGUCCGUGAUGCCCCAGAAAGCUGGAAAUGACCCCCCGGGUGUUUUUAGCACCAGCAAAAUGGAAACGGAGAUAAGUAACAUGAGAGAACAGUUUCUGAGGAGUGUGACCAAGUUAGUGGAGAGCAAAAGUUACAACAGCAAGGUAUUUUCCAGAGAAAAGUACUUUCAAACAAUAAAGGAGGUCAAGGAAGCCAAGGAAAAGGGGAAGAAGUCCUCGCGUGACUACCGCCGCGCCGCAAAAUACGACGUGAUCUCCGUGCACGGCACGGAGAAGCUAAUCGAGGCUGCGCCCGGAGAACACGACCGAGCACGGUUUUACGUUCAUAAGGAGGAGUUGUUUGAUAUUCUUCACGACACGCAUCUCAGUAUUGGCCACGGUGGGCGGACCCGCAUGCUCAAGGAGCUGCAAGGAAAAUACGGGAACGUCACCAAAGAGGUCAUCGUCUUGUAUCUGACACUCUGUAAACAGUGCCACCAGAAGAACCCAGUGCCCAAGAGAGGUCUUGCGCCCAAGCCCGUGCCUUCCAAGGACGUUGACUCCAGAUGCCAAGUUGAAGUACUUGACAUGCAGUCAGACGCCGAUGGCGAGUUCAAGUUCAUUUUGUAUUACCAGGACCACUUGACCAAGUUCAUCAUCUUGCGGCCAUUAAGAGCCAAACAGGCCCAUGAGGUGGUCAGCGUCCUGUUGGAUAUUUUCACGAUUCUCGGC